UUUAUGUGUCACCAAUGAAAAAACUCGCGAAAGAAUAGCAGGAUAGAAACAAUGGCAUCACUCUUACUUGGAGCACCUCCCAUGGCUUCUCAUUUGAAACCCACUUGCUCGUCUCACAUUUCAUCCGCACAUUCACAAACUCUAGGUCAAUCCUUCACUUGCACCACUUCUCUCUCAGUUUCCUCAGUCACUCCUCCCUCCUUCCCCUCUAUUUACUGUGGGAGAGGAGACAAGAAGACUGCAAAAGGGAAGCGCUUUAAUCACUCAUUUGGAAAUGCAAGGCCUAGAAACAAGAAUAAGGGAAGAGGUCCACAAAGGGUGCCGGUUCCGCCUGCUCCACCAAGGAAGGAUAAAUUUGAUGAUGGCGAAGUUGUGAAGAUCGAAAUCGAUGAGUCUUUGUUCUCCAACUGAAAUUAAUCAUAAUUGAUUUUGUUUUUAGUUUCAGCUUAUGUAUUAUCUGAAUCUUGUUGUAUGUAUGAAUUAUUUGUGAGCAAUUUGAAAAUUGUGUAUUGUUAUCUUA